AGAAAGUGAAAGUAAAUCUAUCAGUUAAAGAAUGAGCGCAGAGCAGACCCACGGCUCCACAGAACGGCACGGUAAGCUUCUCAAUCCUCUGCUACUGCCUUUGCCGUGCAAAUUCAAUGUGAGACCACUUUUUUGGGACAAAUUUCACCUGUCUUUCACCGGCUGGACUCUAUGGUUGAAUCGACAGAGAGUGGGUGAGUUGGCUUUCUGAACUCUCCUGUCGGCCUGGCCCGAGCAGCAGACAGUCUCUGUUUUCAGACUGAAGGGUUGCUGCGUUUUUAGCAGGCGCACGUCUGGACCACAGUAGUUUGUUUAUCCUUAGAUGACCGAAGGGGCUUCUUGACCGCCUGUAGAGGGGAAGGGGAACCUCCGGUAACCUGAAGCCUUCACACGGCUACGUUUGUGGACGCUAUCAGACAACCUGUAGCCUGCAUUGCUCUGUGUUUGGGUUGUGGAUUUCACUCUAUGUCUAAGGCGGGCACGUUAUUUCUAUAUUUAUUAAGCUUUGAAUGAGAAGUGCUGAAAUGCUCUGUGUGAUUUUACAGUGAAGUCAUUUCACAGCAGAAAGGCUCAGUUGCACCAUGAAUCCUAAUGCUGUUAAAGGAGUGAACUGAUGCUUCUGUACAGCCUUCAAGAGAACAGCAGCAACCUCUCCAAAACAAGGUCACUGUUGUAAAUUGUAAAUCUGAUGGGGGUAUGUGUCAGACCCGAGGACUGUCAGCUCGCUGAGUAAAAUAUGCUGAGCAAACACUCAGAGUGAGUGAUAGAUGUCAUGUUACACAACAACAGGAUGAGGUUUUUGUCUGAAAUCAGUACUUUCCCAUGUGCAGAACAAGAGAAAGGAGGUAUCAUUUUAUGCACAGGGGAGCCAGAAUCAACAAACACUAAAAGUACUUCACAGCAGCUUUAAGUACGCACUUAAGUGUAAACACAGCAAUGCAUCUUGAAAGUGCAUCAUUGGGAAAUAAGUUGCAUCACUUUCUUUUCUAAUGCUCUAUUUUUGGCCUGAAGGUAGCCAAUUUUUUGCUCUUUGUAUUAUAAAAAAAACUCCCUGAGGUUUUAAUAAUGAGAGAGAAGGUUGGCAGAUAUAAUAUUGAUACAUGAUAACAAUAUAUUAUUUUAUUUGUAGGGAAGAUGGUGCAGAGCUUGAGAGACCAUUUUAAUAAAUAUAUUAGAAGAAAAAAUGUCUGGCUCAGUAAAAUGUUGCCCCAAGGGACUCUUGGAUUUCUGUCCUGCUAUCUUCAAUACAUAAAAAAAUAAAGAAAAUAAAAGUUAAAUGUGGUUGAAGCUAUAAAAAAGAAAGUGAUGCAUCAAUCUGUUUUUCUAAGCACAUGAAAAUAAUAUGUGUGGUUAUUCAAGCCAGUUACAUAGAUGGAUUUUGAAUGAAUAGCUCAGAAAGGAAAGAGUGAUACAUGAUGGGUGAAGCAGUGAUCCUGCUGCUGACUGGUUCAGCAGGCAGAGCCAGGCAGAACCUGCUAAUUUAUGUCCCUGGGCGUACUUGUCAAGGUUUCCUAUCCCACUGCCCUCUUCCUCAAUACCAUUGUCUUCACGUGACCCAUUUCGGCUGUACUUUCUUUGUUUAGAAGGAUGAUUAUCUUUCAAGAAAGUUCACGUUCACAGUGCCUUUGAUCAGUUUCACCAAACUGUUUCCUCCCAUUCAAAACACACUCACUAUUUUUGGGGGCUGUAAAACAGUCUGACGAAAACAGUCAGUGGAAAACGUGUGUGUACUUACACUUUCAUUCCCUACAUACGGAAACUAAUGUUUUAUUUAUUCACGUCUGUCUUCAUUUCCACUGCUUAUGCAUGACUGACUGGACCCUACACUCCAUAACUGGGUCAAGAAUUAUAUGAGCCAGAAUGAACUGAUUUUAUACCAUUGUGGGUCAAAUGAUCAGGGAAUUAUAUUGUAAUAUGUUUUGUCCACUCAAGAAGGAUUUCAUGUUUGAAAUAACUGAAACAAUUAUGUCUAGAAAAGAGUUUUAAAACAUUUUGAUUUUUGACCAUUUUGAUGAUUGAAAAAGGAGAAAAUUAUGUACAACAGUAAGAGAGAAACGUAAACAUUUUAAGUGUGUUUGUAGUUUAGCUUGUUAUGCAAGAACUCUAUUUUUGAUUAAAGCAAGACAGUCACCUUUGCGGUAAUGAUGAACACAUUUCUUAGUAAGCUAGCAUCACAGCAUUGACAUCAUUGGAAUCACAAGGAUUUCCAGAUUGAGACCCAACUGUCUGCAGACUGGGAGACAGAGCUGGAGCAAGAUCAGACAUGGUAUUAAAAAACAUGGAGCAUGAGAGAUCUUGCAGAGGAAAUCGAGGACCUUUUAUCACUCUCUGGUGGCCUUUGUCAUCUUCUAUGGAGUGGUCUGCUGGAGCUGCAGCGUCACGGCUGCAGACAGGAACAAACUAAACAAACUGGCGAGGAAGGCUAGCUCUGUAGGCUUCCCUCAUGACCAUGUAGAGGUGGCGUGGGACAGGAGGUUGAUGGCUAAGCUAUGGUGCUACCCUUAGGUUGAACUGACAGACAAUUACUCAGUGUUAUCUCAAUAUUCAACACUAACAGGGCAGAUAUUUAUUACAAGUGAAAAUACCUUCAUUUUUAACAGGUACAAUAACUCCAAUAAUGUGCGAUAACGUCCAAUUCUUUCUUGUUCACUCUAUAGAACCAUUUUAGUUUUUUUCACUGUGUGCAUGAUGAGUGUACUUACUCUUCUGUGUUUGCUGUGCUGAUCCUUUGCUGCUGUAACACUGCAAGUUUCCCUACAGUGGGGUGAAUACAGGUUUAUCUUAUCUAAUCUUAAAUAAUACAUUUACCCUUGAGACGGUGUAUUUCGGAUUUUAGGGAUCAUAAAACAAAGUUAUGGCUAUUUACAGCUGAUGCCUACAUGUCCCAGGUGUUGCUUUGUAAAUGUAGUUUAUUAAAGGUUAGAAUCCUGCAAAGAUCCUCAUGUGCAUUCAUUGGGUUUCCAUGAGAUCCCAUAGGAAAUGGAUGCAGGUUGUUUUUGACCCAUAUGGCUGUUUUAGGAAGAAUAAAAAACUGCAACAAAAAAAAUAGUGAAAUAUUUCAGUGCUGUGCAAUCAAAGAAAACUUACAGAGGAGUAACUGGAAUUUGAAAUGUAUCCAACUCUUUGCUUGGAAGCUAUCGCAAGAAAAUGACCACACUGGGUCGUAAUGGACUGGCUUCGUUAGAGUAAAAGUGGUAGAGAGCUGGUUUCACUUUUCAUCUGAGAAGUUUGUUUCUCCUCCUUUCCGUCUUUUGUUCCUCUCUGAAUCUUGUUGUUUUAAAAAGAGUUCCAGAGGUGAGGCAGGGUUGGCUUGGCAAACACUGAGUGUGUUAACAUUUAUUUAUUUUUUUAAUCUAAAAAAAAUGUCAGGAAUGGUCAUGUAGGAAAUCAACCUGCACGUUUACAGUCUUUGCUAUGAGAUAUGCUCACUGGCCUAUUUAUUAGGUACACCUUGAGCUUUAUUUGGAGUUUUGCUGUAUGGUGCAUUAUCCUGUUGGAAGUAACCAUCAGAAGAUGAAUACACUGUGGUCAUUAAGGGCUGGACAUGGUUAGAAAAUAAGACUCAGGUAGGCUGUGGGGUUUAAACAAAGCUGAACUGGUACUAAGGGGCCCAAAGUGUGCAAAGAAACUAUCCCCCACACCAUGACACCACCAGCAGCCUGAACCUUUGAUACAAGGCAGGAUGGGUCCGUGCUUUUAUGUUGUCUCUGCCAAAUUCUGACCCCUCCAUCAGCAGACAUCGAGGCUCUACAGGCCAGGAAACAUUUUUUCCAAUUCUAUUGUCCAGUUUUGGCAAGCCUGUGGCCCUAGUUUCCUGUUCUUAGCUGACAGGAGUGGCUCCUGGUGGGGUCUUCUUUACACUGCCAAAGCCUAGGAUCUGAUCUAGACUACAGGAGAAUUAAAAUAUUCAUUCAGCCCCUUUCCAUAUAUCCCCAGGGGGUUAUAGAUGUUCAGUCUGUGGGGAAUGCUGGAUGAUUCCUGCACAGUUCCUAUUUUCAAAGACCCCACCCACCCUGGACACUAUAAUGAUGAUGAUGAUGAUGAUGAGGAUGAGGAUAGUAGAUGGAUAGUAGAUGCUGACGAUGAUGACAGUGUCACUGUGACCUUAUUUGGUUGUUAGUUGACGUUAGUAUCUUGGUAGAUGGAUCUUAGAGCCAUUUCACUUAUUUUGUUUGAUUAUAGUUAUUAAUAAUAAUAAUAAUAUUGUGUUUUAUCCUAAAAAUGAUUCAUGGGAUUAAGUUUAAGUCCAACUUUGGACAUCUUUGGAGAUCCCCUUCUCCCAGGAAAUGAAAAAGGAGCGAGGGAUAUGUUUAGGUUUUUGGUGAUUAGACAGGGGGGAGCCAUAUUGUUUUUUGACCCCUCUCUCUUCUUUUUGUUAAUUUUUUUGUUGCCUUGAGCCCAAGUUAAAGUUAUUGUGGAAACUGUAUGUGAGAUCAAUAAAUCUGUGACAAACGGGAAAGCAGUGAGUCCUUAAAGGUCUCCCCUGCCAGCACAAAGAAGGGCGACUGCCUAUGGAAACACCGCCACAAUGGUGGUUAUACAUGACUUUGAAAAAAAGUGCAUUUACUUUAUGUCGGCACUAUGCCCAGUUGCACUUAAGGCAGUUUCUUGCACAUACCUAAGCUGUCAAAGCUGUUUGAUAAAUGGUAAUUCAUGUAAUAAUUUAAAAAAGAUUAUAAAUUACCCUAAGCCAGUGGUUCUCAAUCCAGUCCUCGAGGCCCACUGUCCUGUAUGUUUUGGAUGUUUCCCUGCUCCAACACACCUGAUUCAAAUGAUAAGCUCGUUAUUGAGCCAUUACAGAGCUUGAUAACGAGCUCAUCAUUUGAAUCAGGUGUGUUGGAGCAGGGAAACAUCCAAAACAUGCAGGACGGGGGGGCUCGAGGACUGGAUUGAGAACCACUGCCCUAAGCAGUAAACAAAGUGGAUUUUCUUGCAUGGAUAAGGUGCCAAGAAAUCCUAAAAACAAUCCGCCCCAUUUUACUGAAACGGGCAUUGAAGGAUGGUUAAUUGACCAUAGAGACCCAAUCAAAUGUUGAUUGCCAGCUACUUUAUAGAGAUAGAUCAUGUUGUGUAUUGUAACCAUCACAAAUCAAAUCUUAUGUGUGUAUGUAACUGUGUGAAAGGUGAAGCUCUUACAACACAACCCUCGUUUUAAUCUACAGCCUUAUUUCAAAACAGUUGGAAAGCUGUGCAAAAUGUUGAUAAGAAACAGGUCCCUUUUUUUAUUUUACAGCUUUCUGUCAACAGGGUUAUUGGGUGCCAUUAAGAAACAUUUUUAGCGAAAUAAUGCUUCUACUAAAAGAAGCUGAACUUUCAGUUUUCUGAUUAGAUAUUUUGCUGGCAUGCAUCUUAUGUUCUCAGCAACUUUUUCCAGCUGGUUCUCAUCAGCUCUUGAACUGUGUAAACCAAGCUCUUUACUAUGUCUCCAAACAAAAAAAAAUGAAAAAUCGCCACCACACCUAAACAGAUGGAUUCUGUUUAUUCAAGUAUACCACAAAUACUUUUAAAUCACUACACUUAAGUACAUGUUUCUUUAAAUACACCGGACAGUUUUUGUUAUUUCUGAGCCUGGAAAGUUUGACCCAUGCCAACUUACAACUACAGUCUGCCAAGUUGUAUAACUGUGCCCUGUGUGGCAAAUUUCAGAGACUUCCCAUGACGGUUUUCAGAAAGAAUGCAUCUGUUUAUCGUCAUCUCUACUGAGCGUUACUUUGGGUCAUACCCCCUCCAUGUGUGACUUAAACAAAAUAACCUUUGUUUCAGAAGUUUUCUGUGGCUUACACUACAUCAGCUUCACCUAAGAUGGAUACUUUUACAAGAAUUUCCUUUUCUUAAUGUCACAUGCUGCCAGAAUGCAUACCUUUCUUGAUGACUGGUUUUGACUGGUUCUGACUCCUCAACUUUUUUCUCCUUCCAUGAUUUUUUAGCCCAUGCCCUGCAUCUAUAAUACAACCGCUGAAUCAAAUGUAAAAAAACAAUUCCAGUGACGUUGGGAUAUUUGUAAAACAUGAAUAAAAACAGAAUAUGAUGAUUUAAAAAAUCUUUUCCUCCUAAUUGAAUACACAUAAAAACAAAAUGUUUAUUGUUUCAACUGAUAAACUUGAUUGUUUUUUGCAAAUAUUCUCUAAUUUUGAAUUUGACGCUGAAACACGCUCCUAAAAAGCUUGGACAGGGUCACGUUUACCUCUUAGUUUCAUCCCCAUUCCUUUUGACAACACUCAAUAAGUAUUUGGGAACUGUGGAGACUAGGGGUGGUAAUCACUAGCGGCCCCACAAUACAAUAUUACCACGAUACUUUGGCCAUGAUACAAUAUUAUCACAAUACUUGGGCCACGAUACGAUAUCAGAACGAUACUUGGGCCACGAUAUAUUUUGAAGACUUAAAACAGGCAACUGGACUGUGUAGAGUCAACUCUACACAGUCCAGUUGCCUGUUUUAAGUCUUCAAGAUAACCAUGACCUGGAUGAAUGAGAAUCUACAUGGACGCCACGAUAUAUUAUUGUGAUUUUUGACAUUACGCAAUACAGUGAGUAUUGCGAUACAAUAUAUAUUUUGAUUCAUACAAUUUUUUUACUGUUUAGCUAAUUUAGCAUUUAUCUUGACUUUAUGUUUGUCUUAUUUACGCUGUAUUAUAUUUUCAUGCAGCACAUCUUCCAAACUGUAUAUUUAUUUGUUGUACUAACUUUUUCCUGCUCUAUGAUGUCACCUCUGCCAAUCUCACUGGACAAACUGUUGAUUUUAUUUUUUAUCAUAGAUUUGGCUUCAUAUUAACAAUUAACUUGAAAACUUGAUACAUGGUCAAUGACACAAUAUGAUAUAUCACCAGACAAAAUACCGCAAUAUUAUGCUGUAUUUUUUCUCCCACCUCUAGUGGACACUAACUGCUAAAGCUUUGGGGGUGGACUCUUUCCCAUACUUGCUUGAUGGACACUGUCAGUUCCUCACCAGUCCAGGGUGUUCGCCGUGGUAUUUUUGAGCUAUCAAAGAAAUCCUUUAAGCCCUGGCCAAAUGCUUGCGUUGUCUUUUGACACAUGCAGAGUGUGUGGUUUGUUAACUCUUUCAACUGCGUUUGUGGAUGUAGCAAUGAACUGCGCAAUGCCUUUGCACUGAUUUCCACGGUACAGCCGGGCCUAGUUUUAAUGCAGUACUUUCUGAGGAUCCCAAGACCAUGACCCAUCAGUACUGGUUGUCAGCCUUGUCCAUCGUUUCCACCGAUUUUCCCAGAUCCUCUCUGAACUGUAGCUGAUGAAAUCUUUGAAUGAUUAUCAUUUUGACUCUAAGAAAUAGUUUUUUGAAAUUAUUGAACUAUUUGUUUGAAUUGAGGUCCUAUAACUUUCCUUUUUCUUUGAUCUUUUUCCAGAGUGAGCCCACAUGGUCACUGAGACAGCAUGACUACACAGGGAAACGUGAUGUACCUCAUUGUCUUUGUAAGUGUUUUAUAUGAAGCAUUCACUGUCACGAGAGUUACUGCUAGUAAUGUUGAAUUGCUGAUGGCAAAUGCACAAAGAUUUAGAAUCAGAAUCAGCUUUACUGUCCGAGUAUGUUAUAUGUACAAGGAAACAGACUCCUGCAGACUUUACUCUGUAUGUACAAACAUUAAACCUGAAAAAUAACAAAAAUGUGUACUUAGCUUAGACAUUUAACUUUUAUAUAGAAGACUGUCUUAGGCUACAGUGCAAUCGUGAGGUGUGCAAAGGAAUGAUGAGUGAUAGAAAAAUGUAUGCAUAUGUCAUCAAAUGAAAGGUGGGUUAUGUACAAGAAGUAGAUACACUUAAAUAAUAGUGUGCAUCUUUAUAUUAAGACCAAGAGUGAUAAAGAGUCUUUUAUAAAUAGAAAUAAAGAUAACAAUGUUGUAUGGUAACUAUUUCAUUCAUUUGAAUAGGGUUGCAUGACAAAUGUAUAAUAUAUAAUGCAUUAAAUUCUAAGUUUUCACCUUUGGAAGGGGCAGCUAUCAACUUGUUUGCACUUGAUUCCCAGUCAUUCUGAGCAUCUGCCAAUGAUGAAGCCAGAUCUGUUCUUUUAUGUCGUACAUUUAUGGUACUUUACAGUGAUAAAUACCAGCUCUGAUAGAUAGAGUCUGCUCUGUCCUUUUUUGUAAAUGUGUCCAGUCCAGUUUAUUGUUCAGGUGAACACCCAGGUACUUGUAAGACGUCACCAUCUCAAUGUCCCUUCCUUGAAUGUUGACUGGUGAUGGGGGGAAGUGGGUGUGUCUGCGGGAGUCCACAACCAACUCCUUCGUCUUUAAUGAAAUAUAAGAGCCAUAAUAUGCACCCUCUGUUCUUGACUAUCUUAGUCCACAGAGAAGCCAACAGAAGUUCUGCUGGAGUUUGUCUUUGUGUGUGUGUGUGUGUGUGUGUGUGGAAUGUGUAUUUCAGACCUGUAACGCUGCUGUCACUUCUGUCUGCUAGGUGUCCCUGAUUUUCAAGUCAGAGCAGAACUGCAAAACCCAGUAUUUCAACGAGAAAACCUUGGUAUGUUUUGCUUUAUUUUAUCUUCAUGUCUUAAGGUGCAGAUGAGAAAAUAAAUACACAGGCCAUGAAUGACCUCUGAACUGUAUUAUUGAACAGUAAAAUGUCCUUACAGUUGCUUUAGAACUAUUUUGUGUUUGUUGGUGAUUUUUUUUUGUGGGAUUUUUGUCUAUUAAUGAAAUAUCUCAUGCAUUUUUUCUCUGUUCUGCUUUAAAGCAAAAGUAUAUACAUGACAGUAUCACCCUUGUGCAAACUGCGAAUCCCAAGGUAACUUUUUCAAACAGUGAGCUGAAUCAUCUGUUACACAGUUUGUAAAGCAGUGACUGGACUGAAGUAUGUGUUUUUUUUCGAAUGCAGGAUGUCAUAGAGUGUACUUUGGAGAAAGAGUGCCAAAAUAAAGGCAACGACCUAAAACGCCAAUUACGAUCCAUGCUAAGGUGCUAUGACAAUGUGAGUGAACAAAUAUUGAACUUAAUCAAAGUUGAGCCAGUGUGGGAUGUUUGUUCCUUUGCACUGUUGUAAAGAAUUGAAGUAUUUUCUUCCUUUCCUGUGAUUUUCUAAAUGAUUGAAUCUGACAAACGCACUGUUUCUUUCUCUGCAGGACAUGGUGGAAUGCAGAAACACUCCAAAGUGCCAGAAUUCAGAACCUUACAUGAAUGUCUCAUUUUAUCACUUCCUGUGUUUGACGGCGAAAGAUCUAAAUUUCAGCGAUGCACAGCUGGGACAUAUAGGUACUGCUCUAACUAUUUGCAUCACCUAGCAGGACUAAGGGUCUCACCCAUAGACUGUAUAUAAGAUGGACAGAGUCUGCCUCCUCGCUGGGUGAAGCCACUCCGAGAACAGCACCCUCUGAUGGUGGGCUGCAGUACAGGUCAUAAAUCCCGCCUCCGCCAGCAAAGCUUAUGGGACUGUGGACAAACUUUAGAAAUUUAUUACACAGAACAUAAUUUUUUCUCCCCCCUGGUUGUGAUGUUGACAUGUAGUUACUGUCAGACUGGUUUGUGCCCAAGUCCUUUUUUUUCUGUACAGCUCCGUUUUCGAAAGUUAUUAGGGGGUUCAUGUUUUCUAUGAUUGACACCUGGUACAGCCUAUGGGCGCUCAGGGAUUGCGUAGCUCUUCCAGGGGAAUACGCUGUUUGACCCGAGCGUCAUCACAGGGACUCUCGGCGACUGCGCGGCCGAAUGCGCACAACGCUACUGCACAGCUCUGGUUUCAAGGAAGUGGAGAAAAACCCGGAAUUACCGAGAGCUUUUUGGCUUCAAAUCCGUAUACAGGCGGAAGGCGGAACCACGGUGUCCAUCUUAUAUACAGUCUAUGGUCUCACCCUGUAACUGAUCAAAGUUGUGUGUAAUAACUUUUGGGAUAAGCUCUUAAUUAAAAUGUGUUUCCAAUUUUUUAAUGUUUCUUCUGCUUUUCUCUCCUUCCAUCACAGGCUGCCAAUACAGUGAGUACUCAUGAUGUAGAGUCAUUGUUAGUGUGGGUACUGUAGCUUUCUGUGUAUUCAUGAAUGAGUUGUUGCCAAAACAUAACUGUAAACUUCAAGUCGAUCAAUUUUUCAUUUUUUUAAUCAGUCAUUUAAGUUGGUUUUAUUUACAGAGAUUUUUGUUUUACAGCCACAUUGUUCUGUUCUUACUUUUUAGGCGCUGUAUGCCCUCUCUACGGGAAUAUAUCAAAAGCUAGUAAGGGACAUUUUAAUUAUUAAAUUAUGCUUCUGAUAUGUUUUUCAAAUCACAGAUUUCAUGCUUCCUUUGUGACUUCGCUCCUUCAUCUUCCCACUCAUGUUCACGUUCGAUUGUACAGAGAACCCAGGUCACACCUGUAGCCUUUUUUCUGGUGUUUUUUUACGCACUGAUCUCUUUUUGACUGCUCUGUUCUUUCCAUUUUGAGUAUUUGAUUAAAUAUUUAUCAGUUUGUUUAAUUCUGUGCAGUUUAAACUGCCUUUCUUAAAUUUCAGCAGUAAUUGUAUUGUGAUGGGAAUUAUUUUGAUGUUUAUCAGGAAACUGGAUUUCUAUUUGCAGUUUUUUCCUUUUUGAGCAGCAAACAUCUUGAUUUUUGUAAUAUAGCUAAAUGCUCUGAACAGAAGGAUGAUAAUGCUAACAUGCGUGUUUUUUAAUGUUACAUAUUCUCCAUUUUAGUUGAGCAUGUUUGUUCGGAGACAUUAGCAGGUUAAAGAUGAAGUACAGCUGAGACUGAUGGAAACAUCAUGUGACGUGGUCAUAGACUGUAUAUAGAAUGGACGCUGUUUGCCUCCUCGCUGGGUGAAGCCACUCCGAGAACAGCACUCUCUGGUGGCAGGCUGGGGUAUAGGUCAUAAAUCCUGCCUCCUCCAGCAAUCCCUAUGGAGCUAUGGACAAACUUUAGUAAUUUAUUACACAGAAUAUAAUUUUUUUCCCCCCUGGUUGCGAUGUUGACGUGUAGUUACUGUAAGACUGGUUUGUGCUCAAGUCCCCUUUUUUCUGAACAGCUCCAUUUCUAAAAGUUAUCAGGGGAUUCAUGUUUUCUAUGAUUGACACUUAAUACAACCUAUGGGUGUACAAAGAUUGCGUAGCUCACCCUGGGAAUACGCUGUUUGAGCCAAGCAUCAUCACAGCGACUCUCCCACUGAAUGCGUACAAUGCUACUGCGCAAUGUUGGUUUCAGGAAAUGGAAAAAAAUGCAGAUAUACCGAGAGCUUUUUGGCUUCAAAUCAGUAUACUGGUGCAAGGUGGAACCAAGUUGUCCAUAGUAUAUACAGUCUAUGGACGUGAUCAGAAAAGUCACAAAAGCAGGGUGGAUUAAGAAAAUAAAAAAGGAGAAACAACCUGUUAGAAACUGCAAAUAUGCCACAGUCUACAGCCCUUACAGCAACAUGUCUAUAACACAUCUGCAUAUAUUUAAACCCAGCAGCCCAAAUUUUGGAUUAUUAUGAGCAGUGACACCAAACUUUUUCUCCCAUUUUUCUUGUGAAAUGUGAAGUUAUAUUUUUGUCAAACUUUAGUGAAAUCUCUGUUGCACUCAAACAGCUUUCAUGCCUGUCUUUAUAUAUGUAUAAUGAGGUUAAUAUUUUACUUUUGCUGAAAGUUGUGUAUCAUAAAAAUAUCAACCAUCACCAUUUGGUUAAUCUUACUUACAAAUUUAACAGCUUUUGCUUUUUUCACCUUUCAGCGACUCUGCCAGAAAGAACAACAGCUGCACCAACAACAAGUUUGCCAUCAACACCACUAGGAUCAACGGCAGGAGCAGCAGGCUCACAGAGCAAGCUCGAAAACGGUAGGCUGUUCAAGUGGUACUUUUUAUGAUGAACAAUAGAAUAUUUCUAAGUACCCCGCAACCAUGGAAAAAUCUUUGAUGAAUUAAAGGGAUUUAAAUUUUGUGUAGGAGAUCUUAUAAUCUACACUGAGGUUAGAUCAAUGCUUUUAUUUUCCAUUUUUUAAUUGUAUUGUAUAUUGAGACAGGAGGGGCAGAUAUAUAUGUAUUUUUUUAAGAAGAUAUCCCAUUUAAAAUUUUCAAUCAUUUCUUUCCAGGAAGGUACUUGAUCUUAUAUUAGUAUUACACAAAAGAAAAAGACAGAUAAGACACAAAGACUGAAAAUACAUCAUGGACAAACAGCAUUUACAGCUAUUUUAUGAUAUUCUUCCGAUGAAGGCUUUAAAAUGUGUAAGAUAUAACCAUCAGAUCUGGAUAGAAACUCUGACGGUCCCUUUAAAGAAUGAGCAAAACACAGGAGCAAGGUUUGAUCCAUUUCUUGUCAGAAAAAGUUGGAAAACAGAUCAUUUCCUGGAUGAUGACUCUUUGAUUUGUGUGAGAAAUCCAAAUCUGAUGGUAAAGAGCAGCACACAGUCACUUUGAUGAGUGUUUGGGACCAUCGCAGGCUUCCAGAUAACUCUAAAGAGGAACCAGCUGCAUGCCACAGUGAAAGAAAAUGAAACCCACUGGUCAAAUGAUCUUCAACUGAUCACAGCUUUACAAUGACUCACUGCAGUCUUAAAAAAAAAAAAGACAUUUGAGAAUCGUACCAAUGUCUACAAUGCAGACAAUGCAUCACAUAGGUCUCUUACCCAACCCACUGAUAUUACUGAUGAGCAAGGGGUGAGCAAGGGAGCAUUUCAGUCAAGAAUCUGCUGAAUAUUCCUACUUCUAUACAUUGCAUUAGUUUUUGCUCUUAUAAACUCUUAUAAACCCAUGUACUGUUCAUGAUGUCAAAUAUUUGAUUUGUGUAUAUUUUUUCAUCUUUCAGGCGCUUGCCUUAAAGACACCUGUGAAUUAGGUGAGUGUUUUGUUAUUGAAUGGUAUUAAUAUUUUAUUGAGGUUAAGAUUGUACAUCAGUUAUGCAGAGGUUAUUUUGUAAUUUUAGAAACGAUCAAAAAAGAGGCCUAGGUAUGUUUAUUUUGGGGUAACUUUUACAUGCACUGUUGAUGACCUAAAGCUUCUAGACAAGCUUGAGCUGUUUUUUUUUUUUUACAAGGAACCUCAUCAAACACUGAGGGCUCUAUUUUCGUGCGCGCCGGUGAAGCGGCGGAGGGCGGCGAGCCCCGCGCAGUUGUAUUUUCGUCUGGCGGAGCCCGGCGUAAGGCCAGUUUGGUAUUUUCAUGGACUGAGCCGCACGGAGGCGAGCCGAGAUCCGCCAAGCUGGGCGUGGUGGCGUGGCAGGGGGAGGUGUCGACAGAAUCAGCUGGCGCAGUGACAUUUUCGUGCUCGCCACCGGCGUGUAAAGUGCGCUAAAAGCUCGCCGAUUCAAACCUGGUCAGCUUUCAGCGCAAGGCGGAACGCAGCAGGUCCAGUAGUAUUUUGGUAGACCGGCGGCGUAUCGACAUACGUCACUGAUGCCUCACCGGCAGGUUUCCACAGUGUCAGGCACAUUUCAGUGCAAUAAAUAAUCAUCAACAACUAUUAAUCUGAGUCAACACAUACAUUUAGAUCUAUAUCGAUAUAUUCUGAUCUAUAUCUGAUCUGAUGAGCGCGUUUGGCACGCGUUUGGACACACAACCUGACAGAAUCAACACAGCUGAAACUGCAUCAAAUUAAAUUAAAUAUCUAGUGAAUAAACACACAUGAUGAAGUUAACAAGAUAUGUAAUUCGUCUCCCUCCUUUUCUUUCUUCCUCUUCCUCUUAUUUCUCGCACAGCUCGACCUGGACACGUCUACGUGUCCUCUGUCCGUCUUGCUGCUGCUGCAGCUGAACAGAUGAUUUGUUUCAGUGCUCAGAUGCGUGAUCUACUUUAAGCCGACAUACGGAUAUUAUAAUAUUCAGUUUUGUGGGCCAAACAUCUAUGAAAGAAAGAGCCAGGCCACGGAGCGCGAUGCGUCAUUUACGCACAGAUGGUUCAGAUUUUAAUGCCAUUUUUGGAGUUUAUGUUGUGAUCUGUACGCUAAACCCACCUUUGUCACGUGAGGUUUGAAUACGAGCAACUUUAUUUGAGUGUCUUUAUUUGUGGAAAAGGGUGUUUGUCUUACUAGUGGGUCCAACAUUACGCACACCAAAUCCAUCUGUGCUCAUAUGAGAGGGUGUGGAGGACACUUGUUGAGGAGCUGCCCUCUGUCGCCAUCUUGUGGCAUUACUGUCUUAAGACAUCUCUUGAUCUCUUUGACUACUUCAUGAAAAUAGUAAUACGCCUCGCCUGUGGCGGAUUUAAAGGCAAGGAGAGGAGCCUAUGUGAUUGGUGAAAACAGGACUCGGCUGUGUUAAACCCACUACACGCCCUUUCUUCUCCCCGUCUAUGACUUAUGCUGCUGGGAGGAGCUGAGUUAGGGAGGGGGGAUACUUACGCCGGGCUGCGCGGCUCACCAAAAUACCAAAAUGUGCUUGGGAACGCCUUGUCAGCACGGCGGAUCUGACUGACGCUGCGCUUGCGGCACGUCUCCGGCGAGGCACCAAAAUAGAGCCCUGAGACUGCUGAAAUGCUUCUUUAAACUUUCUCAUCUUUGAAACCAGAUUUUUAUGGCGUGUGGUAAGAUGAUUUUCUUAGUUGUCUCUUAUCUCUCCCACAGAAAAUAUCUUGAAGGUGUUACUGGCGUUGUCAUUGCUCCUCAACCUGGUCUUUUUAUUGGGUCUCCUCUGGCACAUCUCCCGCCGGAGGAGACCAAAGCAGCAGAUGUGUCAGAGUGUGAGCCAAAACUUAUUUUCAUUGUUUUUUUUUUUUGUUUGUUUUGUUUUUUUUUUACAUAUAUUUCUUUUUUAGGUUGAUAACUUUUUGUGUUUGGAAAGUCACACUUUGAAGUCUUAUUUGAUUUUUUUUUCCCUUCUUAGAGUGUACCAAACGGAAUAAAUCUAGAAAAUCGGCUAUUGACUGAGGCACAGGUAAUGUCGAUUUUUCAGUUCUUGUAAAAUAAUGUAAAUAAAUCUUACUGAUAUUUUUCUCAUGUUUUGAAUGAAAUGACAUUUUCACACAAAAUAAUAGACUUAUAUGUUUGUCUUCUCUUCUUUGGUGGCAGUAUUGGAGGUUUUACCCAUUUGUUAGGACAUAAAUAUGUAAACAGAGAGUUGUAUCAUUUGAUGAAGGUUGAUGGUAAAUAAUUCACCAUCACUACAUUUUUGUCAUAGUGACUAGGAGUUACGUCCUGCACGUAUCUACCUUCCAAUGUUACAUUUUUAUCAUAGCCCUGCCUACUUUUGAGAAACAGUACGCCAUUUUGAGAAACAGUACGCCAUGUGUGACAUGAUGCAGUUGGUCAACAUGAAUUUGACACUCUCACUCAACCAAGAUUCAUUUAGUUAAAAUUUGAUUUAUCAAUGAUAAAUACAUAAAUCUUCACUAUUUAUUCAAAACACUAGGGCCCGACUGAUGUGGGGGGGUCCGGUUACCGCUUAAUCGGCCGAUUUUUAAAAAUUUUUAUGAAGUUAUGAAAAAAAUAUAUAUAUAUUUACUGUAGAUAUACUGUAGGCUACUGCUCUUCAUGCCGACAGGAAGACUGACUGUUCAAACUCGGACCAGAAAAGUGUUUUCAAGCCCACGUUACACAUUUCCUGUCCAGUCUCAUCUGGAGACAUGAGGCUGCCUCAGUAAGAGAAGUAGCUCGAUCAUGUAAUGUGUACUGUUGUUUAUUCUACCUUUACUGGCCUGGCUAACAGUGUAGCAAGGCUAGUAGCAGGUGGCUAACUCUAACUUUAGCGUGCAUAAUACAUGGUGUAAUAUGCAAGCGUGACCGAGACCAGCACAGGGGGGAACAUCGUGAAGUGGGUUGAACUGUAACUUGUUGACUUAUUGUGUACUUCACAAACUGGUUUAGUUACCGUUGAGACAGACUACUCUCCUCCGUGCGUCCCUGAGCUGCCUGCUUCAGAUCCGUCACUCUGCUGUGCUGUGAGGUAGUUAGUGGAUGAAGAUUGUCACAAGGUCGCUGCGCCAUCUACAGGAUAAGUCAGGGAACUUUUCAAAUGGCGGAAAUUUUUCGAAGUAAACCCAAUCUUGUUCUCGGCAUCUUAUUUCUGAAAAUAUCGGCGAGAAUCGGCGAGUUUUGACCAAUUAGUCUCAAAUGGGCUAAAAUUGGCCGAUUUAAUCAGCUCGCCAAUAAAUCGGUCGGGCCCUACAAAACACAUUGAGUUUAUUGGUAUUUUUACAUAAAUCUAAAUUUUAAUUGUCAUUUACAUUUCCUGACAAAUAUGCAGCACAUAAAGUUUAUUAGCCUGUUUCUGUUAAAUCAAAUGGAUGGAAAUUUUACAUGCAAUGAGGCCUAAGUAUCUCUGUGAGUGGGUGCUGCACACCCUCAGAAAGGUGUGAGGGCCCAUUCAGUGCUGCUUUCAGCCCAAGUUUUAGUUUCCCUGAAAUAUCACUGUCUACUACUCUACUUGCUAACCUUAUAUUUGUAUUUUUACUGCUUUUAAAACAAGACAUAUUACUUGUCCAGGUAAAGCAAGUUUUUCCUGAUUGUAUCACAAUUUUCUUUCUCUCUUCCUCUUUUAUAGCACCAAGAGUAUCAAAGUGAGCUCACACAUGACGCGGAACAGAACGGUCAGGAGGACUGAUGAGAGGGUUUUCUGUUGGAAAUAAACCGUCCUUUCUCCAUAUGGUGUCUCCUGUAUGGUUGAUCCAACAAUGGCAAAUGAUGAAAAGAGGGUAUGAAGGAGCCAGAAGGAUCUGCUGGACUCACUGCCUGAGGAACUGAAUGACUGUGGUUUCCAAAAACCUUGUCUUUCAGAUAGGGGGGAUAAGCUCUGUGCUUCACCUCUGAUAUGAAGAGGUUGCCACAAGUACCCACUUGAAAAGGCAACGCCAGUUCAUUCAGAUGUGAAAUGCAACAUCAGACUGGGAAUAGACUCGGUAGUGCACUGAGCUUCUUGUUUUGGUCAGAUGAAUUUCCUUCAUGCCAGACAAGCUGGUUUCUCCUCUGUGAUUUCAUAAACAAUCAUUUGCAAAGUUUCAUUGUACAGUAUUUAUAGAUAUCUUGUAAUACACACCUUAUAAUACGCAGAUGGGUUUCUGUUUCAGGUAUUUGGAGUGACAGACUUUCAGAAUCAUUUGCACUGACUGUGUUCAGCGAAGCUCACUUAAAUCCCCUGAGCUUACUCUUCUGUUCGGAUCAGUGGAUCAUAUAAAAAAAAAGUUCAUAUCAGUAUAAAAAUCUUUUGCCUCCAAGAUUUGGCUGAUUGAAGACACAGAUAUAAAUCAAGUGCAGAAAUACUGUUUGGUCGUAACUGAGCCAGUGUGUUAACGUGAUGAGCUGUGAGAACAUCCUUCAGAUGAUGUAAAAAGGUUGUCGAGCGUUUUCUAAAAAUCUCCGCCUCUAGGGAAGAUUAUUUUUCAUGAGAAGUCCAAAAGUGUUUGCAUAUUACUGUCAGUAUUGGUGUUAAGCCUCUAUAUAUUUUUCAGACUUGUUACAAACAUAAACAAUACAAAAUAAUGCACACUGCUGCUUUUAAAGCUAAAAAAAAAGAUGGCAGCAGUAGUCUCACUGGUUAAAGAUAAAUUUCAGUUAUCAUAGCUAAUAUGUUGGAAGGUUAUAUGUUAACAAAAUUACAAGCUUCUUGUAAAAUUUGCUGUAAAACUUUCCACUAAUAAACACUUAGCUCACUCCCUCCAUCCGCUAAUGUUUAACUCAUCACCUCACGUUGUUUCACACAACUACCAGCUCUCACCAGGAGUAAAUAUAUUGGCAUACCACAAUGUUCAGUCAUUCAACUUUGUUUUUGAAGAUUCAAAGUUAUUUCUGGAGAGGUUGGGGUUGAUUAUUUAUUUUUUUUGGCAGCAUUUUCAUAAAUAUUGUUGUCUAUUAUGAUGUGAAAUGAGACUAGAACAUGUGAUGUCAGCUCUGUUUUUUUAUUUUAUGUGUUUUUGUAUAAAAAGAAAUGAAAUGUGAAGAAAUGACAGUUGAAAUAACUAGACUUGGAAUAUAUAUAUGUAUAUAUAUAUAUUUUUGACUUUUUUUGACCUUCAGCUGUGCUGAAUGUACAGUGAUGCAGUGCUGUAUCACUGUGUAUCACUGCCCCCACUUAAAAAACAUAAACAGCAGAUGAACAGCACAUCAAACCUUGGGAUAGCUCUCAAGGCAACAAACUGCACCAGAAGAGCUUUCCAGAUAGUAAAGACUCUAACUGGAAAUAAACCUGAACCCAGUCCAGCAACAUCUUUAGAAAUGAGAGAAAAUCUGACUCAAUUUCUAGACUGCUGUGAAUCUUGGGACUUCUGCUUUAUAUUCCAUUUAGAGACAUCCAAUGAUUGUGAAGUAACAUAAGCUCAACAUCCCCUCCUGCCCAAUUUAUCUUUUGAACAACUUCCUUCAUGACAGAAACAAGUUGUUUGAGUAGGCAAGACAACCCAACACCGACACUGGAGCACAACAGGGUUAUGCACCAAAGACCGCACCAAAUGCUAUGUUAUAUGUAGAGUGAACAAGAAAAAGAAUUUUAUUGAUAUUGGUGUUGUAAAGUAACUUUAAAUGUCAUGUCCCUAUGUCCUGUGC